AUGGAGUACCCAGAGGAUACUCCUCGCUCACACGCGAAUCUAAAUUCCUAUGAUUCAGAUGUGGAAGAGAUGGAUGAUCAAUCAAUGGCAAGACAAAGAAGACAAAUAACCACAUUAACUGAUGAUUCAACUUCAAUAAAAAACACACCAAUAUCAACACCAAUUUCAAAAAGAAAUAAGAAUAGAUCAUCACCAAUUAAAUUAUCUGUUUUUAAUGAUAGAAAUAUUAAUUCACCAUUGAGCCGAUUAGCAUUACAAAAUAGUCCUACCAGAAAACCAAUGAUGAAUAGAGAUGAAUUAAAUUUAAGAGAUGAAAAUAUAGCUCUAAAAACUGAAAUUAAAUUAUUAAAAAGAGAAAUAAGUAAAAAAGAGGAUGAACGAUAUAGAAGAAACAGAGAUUUGGAAAUUGAAAAUCAAAGUUUAAAAGAUAAACUUUUAAAUUUAGAUGACUCAACUAAUGAUUUAAAGUUGAAUGAUAAGAAUGGUGGUAAUAAUAAUAGUAAUAAUAAACAACCAAAAGAUCUGAUCCAAAUAUGUAUGCUUCAAUCAGAAAAUAUAGAAUUAAUUGAUAAAUUAAAAAACCAAACAGAACUGAUUAAAAAAUAUAAAGAUUCAUUAAAUUUAUGGGAAGAAAGACAUGAUUUAUUAAAAAAUCAAUAUAAUGAAUUAUUUGAAAAUUUUAAAUUACAGGCUUCUUCUUUUGAUAAAUUAAAUUUAAAAUUAGAUGAAUUAUCUAAACAAAAACCACCAAAUCAAGGAAGCAACGUUAAUAGUGACGAAUUAGCUAAGAAAAUAGCACUACAAAUUAUUAACAAUUCACCAAAACUUGUUGAAAAUCAAAAUAUAUCGUCAAGCUCGAAUAAAGACUCGUCUAAUUCAACGAACAACAACGAAAAAGUCUCCUCAAAUUCGACUAUUAAUGAUCAAACUACUCCUGAAACUAAAUCUAAUGAAUCACAACAUAAUGAAUCUCCAAAAUCAAGUCAUAGUCAAAAUAAUCAAUCAUAUUUUUCACAAAAUACAAAUUCAAGUAAAAUUAAUAAAAUUGAAUUAAUUACAGAAAUAGUAGAAGCAGUAAUGAACCAAUUAAAAACGGGAAGUCGAGAUAGUAAUUAUGCAUCUUCAACAACAAAUACAACAAUGCCAAUAGGAACAUCAAGUGCUAAAUUUAAUUCACCAUCACCUAUUAAUAACAAGUUUCAAAAAUUAUCACAAAUUAAUGAAGUUCAAGAAUCAAGUUUUGAUUCACCAUUACUGACUAAACCGUCUAAAGUACCACAAAAGGUAGAUAAUCAUUCAUUAAAUCGAAAUAACAAAGCUACUCAAACUUCAAGAUCACCUUCAUUUCAUGAGAGACUUAAUGCUAAGGGAAAAGAAAUUGAAGAAUCAGCAUCUACAUUCUCAAAACAUUCAGAAACUAAUAAAGAAGAUUCAAAUAAUAGUUGUAAACAACAAUCAACCCCCAAUCAGAAGAGGAAUGACGAACUGAUUAAAGACAAGAAUAAUCUAACAUCAAAUACAAAUGAUUAUUAUACAGCUCAAACAAAUAAUAAUUUAUCAAAACAAUCAACAACUAAAUCAAAUUUUAUUAAUCAGAAUAAAACCGAUGAAUCAAUAUCAUCAACAAAAACAACUAAUUUAAAUUCAAACUCUGAUACUAUGGAACUAGAAAAAACAAUUGAAUUAAAAGAAUUAGAUAAAGAAGAAGAAGAAGACAAAACUCAAACAUUAAAUUUAAAUUCUUUAUUGCAUAAUAAUAAAAAUUUUGAAAAUUGUUGUAAUUUAGAUAAUGAAUGGACUGCUUCUUAUAUGGUAAAAAGUAUUGAAUAUAUAACUAAAUAA